AGCGGGCCGGGGGGUCCCGGGAGGGUCCCGAGAGCGUUUUGGGGGGACCCCCGGGGGGGGUCCCGGUGCCUCCGAGGCGGCUCCGUGAGCACUGAAUUCCCCCCGCUCCUUGCUUUGUACCGCGCCACGGCGCUGCUCGGAGCGCGCCUCGCUUGACGGCGGGCUGUACGACAGCCUGAGGGGCGUCCGGCGCGCUUUACGGCAGCGCGGCGGACACCGCGGCCGGGGGGGAUUUUGGGGGGUCCCGGGGGCGUCCCGGGGGGGGCCGGGGGUCGGUGCCCCCCCCGAGGAUGCCGCUGGCCGUGCAGUGGCCGUUCCCCGCGGAGCCCUCGCGGCGCUGGGCCCUGGCGAGCCGCGUGGUCACGGGCCUGGUGGGCACCUACAGCUGCGUGUGGACCCGGUACCUGAACCGGCUGCGGGUGCACAACGCCGAGGUGCUGCACGAGCUGGUGGAGAGGAGGGGGCCCGGGACCCCCCUGCUGACCCUGUCCAACCACGCCUCCUGCAUGGACGACCCCCACCUCUGGGGGUCCCUGAAGCUGAGACACGUCUGGAACGUGCCCAGGAUGCGCUGGACCCCCACGGCCGCGGACAUUUGCUUCACGCGGGAGCUGCACGCGCUCUUCUUCAGCCUGGGGCGCUGCGUGCCCGUGUGCCGCGGGGACGGCGUUUACCAGCGGGGGAUGGAUUUUAUACUGGAAAAGCUCAACCAGGGAGACUGGGUGCACGUGUUCCCCGAGGGUAAAGUGAACCUGGGCCAGGAGGUCGCUCGAUUCAAGUGGGGCAUCGGGCGCCUCCUGGCCGAGUGUCGCCGGGACCCCGUGAUCCUCCCGCUGUGGCACGGGGGGAUGAGCGAUGUCCUGCCCAACCACCGGCCCUACGUGCCCCGGGUGGGGCAGAGCGUGGCGGGGGUGGUGGAGAGCCUGAAGAUCAUCACGGCCGGGCGCUCGCGCCGCAUCGCCCACUACGCCUUCGGGCUGGCGCGCGCCGCCGCCCGCCGCAGCGUCACCGCCGUGCACAAGGCCAACAUCAUGAAAUUGGGGGACGGGCUGUUCCUGCAGUGCUGCCAGGAAGUGGCGGCCGAGUACCCCGAGAUCACCUUCCGCAGCAUGAUCGUGGACAACACCACCAUGCAGCUGGUGUCCCGGCCCCAGCAGUUUGACGUGAUGGUGAUGCCGAACCUCUACGGGAACAUCGUCAACAACGUCUGCGCCGGGCUCGUGGGGGGGCCGGGGCUCGUGCCCGGAGCCAACUACGGCCACGACUACGCCGUGUUCGAGACCGCCACGCGGAACACGGGCAAGAGCAUCGCCAACCGCAACAUCGCCAACCCCACGGCGGCGCUGCUGGCGGCCUGCAUGAUGCUGGACCACCUGCGGCUGCACAGCCACGCCUCCACCAUCCGCCAGGCCGUGCUGGCAUCGCUGGACGACCCCGGGUAAGCCCCGCCCUCACCUGCCCUCACCUGCCCAAGGGGCGUGGCCCCAAACCUGUGGGCGUAGCCAUGAGCCUGCCUGAUGGGUGUGGCCCCACCCCUGUGGGUGUGGCCCGGAGCCCCGCCCUCACCUGCCCUAGGGGUGUGGCCCCAAACCUGUGGGUGUGGCCGUGAGCCUACCUGAUGGGCGUGGCCCCAAAU